AUGACCAAUGAAGUCAGCAGCAAGAAGCCAUUUCUUUCUUCUACAAAAGCUGAUCAUCAUGGAUCUCUGUCUUUCCAGUGUUUGAAGGGCCUUUGCAAAGAAAUGACAUGUGUUAUCGGGAUGAACGGAACAAUCUUUAAUAUGCCUGGCCUACUGUGUACAUUUAAGGCUUGGCUGUUUGCUCCUAUAAAAGAAGAGGUUUCCACAGACAAGUGCGGCAUUCCUUCUGGCCAAAGAGCAACGGUGUUCAAAAAGCUCAAGCCGUUUGCUGCCAACGAGUCUUACACAGGGCAGAUGCUGAUAGUACAAACGCUUCCAAAAUUAAAUCACCCGGCAGAACAGAGCAGCUGUCUGAUCUCUUUUCACCGGCCAGCUGUAAAGAUGCCCGAAAUGAUUGACUGUGGGAUAAAAUCAUAUUUGACUGGCAUCGCUUAUAUUGUCACCUUCAUGUCAAUAAUGACCUAUUCCUACAUCCAGAAUGGAAAAUUUUCUUUCAUGCCGGUGAUAAAGAAAAACCUCUGCCGAGGGAUUCCCACCAGUAACACCAUCACACCCUUAGGAGAUAACAGGACCUUCAUCAUCGCUCCAUACUUUGACAACAGAAAGAACAAAAUGGCACGAGUGAUUGCAAUAGCCCACCACAAAGACGUCAAGGAACUUUACUGCUGGUUCUGCCACUCAUCCAAUGGUGAAAUAUACAUCUCGAAGGCUGAAAUUGAUGUCCAUUCUGAUAGAUUUGACUUCCCUUAUGGUGCCACGGACUUGCGUUGUCUGGAACCAGAAGACUGGGAACCGUGUUAUAUGUCAAUACAUUGGUCUCAUUCAGGUAAUCCUGACCAGCUACCACUUUUUAAAAUAAGAAACCGCUAUCAUGAAGGUUCUCUUGUGGAAUUCACAGUCUGCAUUUCCGCCAUGUUUGGAGAGUACAACAACGUCCUGCAGUUUGUGCAGAGUAUGGAGAUGUAUAAAAUCCUCGGGGUGGGCAGAGUGGUCAUCUACAAGACCAGCUGCAGCCCACUGAUGGAAAAAGUGCUGGAUUUUUAUAUUUCAGAAGGGAUUGUUGAGAUAAUCCCCUGGCCCAUUGAUUCAUACCUCAAGGUCUCUUCUUCUUGGCAUCAUUCGAUGGAUCCCAAGGACAUUGGCUACUAUGGGCAAAUUACAGCCUUGAAUGACUGUGUCUAUCGCAACAUGUUCAGGAGCAGAUAUGUACUGCUAAAUGACAUGGAUGAAAUUAUUCUACCAAGGAAAUAUGCGGACUGGAGAACCAUGAUGCAGAACCUUCAGAGGCAACAUCCAGAGGCUGGUGUUUUCCUCUUUGAAAAUCACAUCUUCCCUAAAACUGUAUUUACACCCACCAACAUGUUCAACAUCUCUUCUUGGAGCGCAGUGCCUGGGGUUAAUAUACUGAGUCACGUCAUUCGGGAACCUGACAGGAAAGACGUCUUCAAUCCUCGGAAAAUGAUCAUUGACCCAAGGAAAGUGCUUCAGACAUCCAUCCACUCUGUUCUCCAUGCGUACGGGGACAGCAUUAAAGUCCCGAUGGAUGUUGCUCUUGUCUAUCAUUGUCGAGAACCCCUACAAGCAAGUCUUACUAGAGAAUCACUCAUUAAGGACACAACGCUCUGGAGAUACAAUGUUUCACUGAUUGGGAAUGUCAACAAAGUUCUCCAAGAAAUAACUUCAUAA